ACUACGCACAUCUCACAUAUCCUGACUGGAGAACAUCUAUCUAUAGCGCUCUGAGAAACCGUAAGAAGUUUUUCACUCUAAUCGGAUCCAAUGAAAAUAACGAGUUGGUUUGGACCUUCAACCCCAAAUUCGAGCAGUAUAUGCUGGAAAAAUGGGUACCAAAGUAUGUAAAAGAAAAAGAUCAGUCCCUUUCAUCGUCGAUUUGCAUGCCCUGGCUACCCAAAAACCACCCUGAUCAACCUCACAAUGCGGUUACAAGACAUGAACCUUCUACCAGUCAAUUGUCCAGUACAAGUACGUCAGAAGACAUCGGAACUCAGGGCCCGGUGAUUAUGUUCUCUGGAACAUUAACAUCUAGUCAACCAGCCUCCCCUAAAAUUAUCGAUUGUGAUGUUUUAUGUGAUGAGCCUAACCUUAUCGCAAACGAGAAUUUAGAAAAAGAUCCUUUGCAGGCUGACAAUUCCAAUCCGUCAAGUCCUGUCAUACAAAACGUUUGUACUGUCACUGAUGAUUUUAGGCCUUGGGAGCCAGAAGUAACUGUUAACGAGGAUAACCAACGAAACAGAACAGAACAAAAUGGAACUCAAAAGCCUAUCUCGCCAUCUGCACCGAUAAGAGGAGCCACACCUCAGAAGUCCUCAAGAAAUUUUACUACAGACUAUGCUUUAUUAAGUUUGGACGAACAACCUACAAUUCAAAAAGAUGAAACCGUCUACAGAGCUAAUGUUCAUAAAGAUGAUACCCAACAAAAUAGAACACAACAAAAUGAAACUCCGAAAUCAAAUUUGCCAGGAGCAGUACCGACAGGAGGAGCCUCGCCUCAGAGGUCAGUGAGACAUACCACUGGGGACUUUACAUUAUCAAAUUUAUCUGAGAAACACGUAAUUCAAAAAGACGAAAUCUUCUACAGAGUUAAUUUUAACAAAGAACACAAGAGCAUAGAGAAGUUUCGUCUGCACUGCACAGUGUGUGACGAGCACCUGGGUACGUCCAGUGUGGCGUGCCGUCGCAAGGUGCGCUUCCACAGUGUCCUGGGUGUGCUUGUGUGCACCACCUGUUACGACAAAACGUACAGAGCUCCUGCUGAUACUUGUCUGUGGUGUGCAAAGGCGAUGAUGAACAGUGUGAAAACUUGUUCUAAGUGUCGUAAAUUGUUUUGCGAGAGAUGUAUGCAGCGGAACUUUGGGCCUGUGUUUGCUUCAAAAUUAUUGGAAAAUACAACUCUUUGGGUAUGUUUUGUAUGUGACAUAAAACAGCUGUGGCCUCACCGAGCCAUCGCCUACUUCCUCUUCCGCCAUUACCGUUAUAUGAAGAGGAAAAAGUACGAGUUGUCAAAAUGCCAACCCUCAGUUCAAGGCCAAGCCGACAUUUUCACAGAAGACCUCACAUCUUGUUGCAAGGGUAGGACGAUAGGACCAAAUCCUAUACCAAAUCCACCAUUGCUGUCUACUGUUGUAGCUGAAGCUUCUACAUCGAAUAACUUGAUACCUCCAAUGAUGCCCAACUCCUCCGCUAUGGCCAUAGCCAGUCAGCCAUCUUUGUUCCUGAUUGGAGAUCAGUCGUCCAACUACAUCUAUGUCCAGGCACCAAACAAUUUACCCUCAGUAACUCUCAACACUGGAACUCAAUAUAUUCACAAUGUUUUUACAGAUAGCCCGGCUCUCCCAAACACAAUCACGUACCCCCUACCCUCUCAACAACCUGUUUUAUCACCCCAGUAUCAGAUCAACAACCCCACACCUCUACCCAAUUGCCAUCUUUCCCCGUAUUCUACUGUCACUACAAUACCUACACCGCAUCAAGAAUCAUCACCAACAACUCAAUCAAAUACUUUUCCAGUGAAUCCUGGUGAAUCUAUUCUUCUUAAAGCAGUGGACAACUUUAGGCCCAUAAUAAUGACUUCAAGUGACAUUUUGGGAGAAGAAGCUCCGAUGUUGGUUCCUGAUAUUGAUAUUCAAGAAGAAAAUGUUGUUGCGAGUCCCCUGAUGUCUGCCAGAGAGAGAAUCGAACAAAGGCCUAUGCCAAAAUCUAAAAAACAAUCACUUUUAAGAACUGUUCUCAUGAGUGAGAGUAUUGAAUCGAUGAAAAGAAAUCUGCAGCUAUCCUCUGAAACUGAUCCAUUGUCUGUUAAUGGUAAUGUAAAUACUCCAGUGACUGUACCUUCAACAAUAAGUAACGAAUGUGAACAGAAUAUUGAAGAACCAAUAUUGAAAUCAAUUAUUGAAACAGCGACUGAGCGCCUCAUUAAUAUCCAAAAUAAUCAAAAUUCAUCCAAUGCCAAUAAAAAUGCUAGUCAACAAAACAGAUUUGAUAACGCUCCUGUUGAUGCAACGAUUGAUUUGUGUGAAGAUGAGGAUCCACUUGCUAUACCAAAGAUAAAGAUAAAAACUUUAAAAGAAUUGCAAGACCCUGAUAUGUUUAGAGGUUUUGAAAAUGAAGAAUCUGGCUCUACUAUUACCAAACUCUCUCCUGAAACUGAUAAACCCUCUGAUAAAGUAGAUAUUGAUAUUACUGAUUUAAAACAAGGAAUCAUCGAGACAUCAAGAUCCUUAAUAGGUACCCAGAAAAAGUUUAAAGAGUUGGCAAAGAUAAUCUCCAGUAAUCUCCUUUACAAACCUGAUCAGGCUGCUGAAUUAAUUACUCAAUUCCACGAUAUCCUAAAGACUUGCUAUGCAGAACUAGAUCAGAUUGAUAAGAAUGUUAGACAGAAAUUUGGGCAUUUGACCUCAGGCAAUGACAUUGCUUCAAUACUGCAGUCAGUGAGGAAACCUGAAGAAGUUGCUAAUCCUGUGGUGCAAAAAAAGAAGAGAGGAAGAAAACGAAAGCUAAAACAUAAGCCAAAUGUUGUAGUAACACAGCCCAUAGUUGAACAGAAUGUCGAUGGUAGUAUUGAAGAUUUUGAGGAACCUCAAAACCAUCCCCGAACCGGAAAUAAAGUAACAAAUAAUACUAAUGUUGAAUCAUCGGAUAUGUUGCCCAGUCAUUCAAAAAGGAAGCGUGAUUUACUGGUUUUCAACCCUCUAGGAAAGGUUAUUUUAGGAUCUCCAGAAAUAACGGAAGAAGACUUAAGAAUGAUUCCUGACUCUUCGGAUUUAACAGAUACAAAACAAUCGAAACCACUUCAUAAUGAGGUGUAUUUGGAGGAACUCAGAAGACGUCAAUAUUUGGCACAGAAAAUGGCAUGGAGGAAGAAGAACAUUUGGUUGAGUAGUAAACGGAAAAAGAACAAACAUAAGAAACGCUCCUUGCACAUCACAAAUUCUCCAUUGGCAUACAAUGAAGAAGGAUCCUUAGUAAAGAAGUCAAAGAAAAGAAGGAAAAAAAUGGCUGACAGUGACAAUGAAGAUACAUUUUAUAAACCUACCAACAAUCAAUACCCCAAGCGUAUACGAAAGCCUAGUGGGCUGUCUCCGCCAUUGAGAGUAUCUGGUAGGAAACAUCCGUCUACUCUCUUAGCUCAACUGAACACAGCUUCUGUUUUGAAACCGUGUAGUGUAGUGAUUGAGAGGUUAGACUCUAAGUUUGUUGAGUUGAUGGUAAGAAGAGGAAAAAAGUCAAAUAUUUCUUAUGAGCCGGUAUUCAAGUACAUGAAUUAUGAAAGCGAUUCCUCGAAUACGUCUUCAACCUGACUUAAUAAAGGUGUUGCCCUCAGAGGUUAACAGCAGUCCAGUGUAUAGAAGCAGGCACCACAAAUGCCACGACUUCUCAAAAGUGUAGAAAUGAAAACCCUAUUAUUCAUCGUUAUUUAGUAAUAAUUUGUUUUCUUUAAAAAAAUGUAUCGUAUGUUAUGUUUUCACACGGAACAUUCUAUUUGUAAAUUUGGUAUUUAUUUUUUAUUUUUAAUAACCAAAAGAUUAUUAUUGUUUACAUUUUUCAAUCCAAAAUUUAAUUAGGCCUGUGAAAGAUUUAAAACUAUGCAAUUAA